AUGAAAAAUAGAGAGCAGCCUCCUCUACGCUCACGCAGUGGUAGUGCCAUGGCCGGCACCAUUUUCCGACCGACCCCGAACAUGUCGGCGGUCAAUUUCGGCCUGGCCACUCCGACUCGGCGUCGGAUGAGCGGCUUCAUUGCCGGCAACCAUCCGUCGCUGUACGCCCAGUCUCUGCUAUGUGGCCAACUGGCCGGCGGUGCUGCCAAUUCCGUCGGCGUUUCCAACGCCUCUGCCUAUCCCGGCUGGCCCUUUGCUGCCGCCGACUUGGGCGCUUCGGCGACGCCAAUUUGUCUGAACAACGCUGGCGCUUUCUUGGCUCCCGUCGGCCUCGACGGCAUGGCCGGCAUGCCGCGGCGUCGUGAUUGGCUGGCCACCGGCUCGCCGUUCGCCUCGCCCGGGCCACAUUCGCCGUUCGCCUCUUGGCAAACGUCGCCACGCAACAGCCUCUUCUCCUCCAACACGGUGCUGGCGGCGAUGGAGGCUGCGCGACAGGCGGCUGUCAAUGCCACGCUGAUGAACUAUGCCGCUGUUGCGGCGGCGGCGGCGGCUGCAAAUGAAGACGGUCUCUUCGCCAAUUCGCACUGGAUGAACUCAAUGUCUACGCCCGGCGGAGACAAAGAAACGAUGGCAACGUCAGAUUGUCUGGCCGAAGAGGAGUUGGGCCCUGCGCGAGAGGAAGAGGCGAGCAGUAAAGGCGAACCGGUUCGUCGGGACGAAAGCACGCCUGGACGAGAAAAUGAAGAGUCUGCGUCCAAUAUGGACUCAGCUGAAACCAGUCGAGGGCCCCAUAAGAAGGAGGAAAAAGCGAAAAAUUCGACAAAUAAUCUUGAAUAUGGCCACCUCGAUGAUAUUUCGGUAGGAGUUUCUCCUUGUGAGAGCUUUCCAUUUGCCACAUCAUGUCUAAACGAGCGUUCACAAAUGGACAUCUUUCUUCUGUAG